GUCCAAAUCUGCUUCUGUGGGUUGUGUGGUUUGUGAUUCAUCAUACGCACUAGCCAGGCGUGUACGUUUUUCAUCUCUUAGCAUAUGUAAUUAUUUAACUUACAUUAAAACAAGUAGAAAAGAAAAAUAACAUGUUUUAGCCACUGCCAGAGAAAGCUGUGUCGAAACACAUGAGACUGAUCUCCAACAUGUGAUGCCCGAUGUCAUCUUUUUUAAGAUCUGAUAUGGAUGAAGUGUCGCUGAUCAGCUAAGAGCUUUAAUUUAAAAAAUUGAGUUGUGAUCGACACAAGGUGCCACAAUGACCUCUUCAGUAAAGCAGCAGAGAAAUAUUUGUGUUCUUCUUCCCAACAAAACCCAGCUGGAGAUCACUGUCGGGCCAAAGGCCACAGCGCAAGACAUUUUCAGUCAGGUGGGAGAGCUUCUUGGUAUCAAAGAGAUGCACUUGUUUGGCCUCACUGUGGUGCGAGACAAUGAGCGCAUAUUUUUAGACAUGGAGGAGAAGUUGACCAAGUACUUACCCAAAGAAUGGAAGCAAGAGUCCGGAAAGACUUUUGAGAAGAGAGCCUUUCCUCUAGUGCUCUGCAUUAAAGUGCAGUACUAUGUUGAGAACGGCAGACUUAUCAGUGAACGCAAGGCACGCCAUCUCUACUACUCUGACCUCCGCGAGCGGGUGUUACGCUCCGAAUGCCGUCAACAGGAGGAGGUGUACUUCCAGCUCGCAGGUUACGCCAUGCAGGCGGAACUCGGUGACCACCAGCUUCCCAAGGACGGGGAAGAGAGUGCCCCUUACUUCGAACCCAAGGAGUACUUUCCUCCAUGGAUAAUAGCCAAGCGGGGACUGCACUAUCUCCUCUGCCAUGGCCCCAAAGUGCAUCAGGACCUGUGGGGCAUGUCGGCACGUGAUGCCAUCCUCCUCUUCAUCAGAGAGUCAUGUCGACUGGAGGACGUACCAGUCACAUUUUACAGACUGCAAAAGGACAAGAAGGAAGAGAGGGGAACAGCGGUACUCGGCCUGACCCUGAGAGGAAUGCAGGUUUAUCAGGAGGCAAACAACAUCAGACACUUGUUAUAUGACUUCCCCUGGUCCAAUGUGGGACGACUCACCUUCCUGGGAAAGAAAUUUGAGAUUCAACCGGAUGGCUUACCGUCAGCAAGGAAGCUUGUUUACUACACUGGGUCGUCAUUCCGCUCUCGACACCUUCUCUUGCACCUUAGCCGCAGCCAUCGCAUCUACCUCAGCCUCCAGCCUGCCCUCAAGCACCUCCGCCAGCUGGAGGAGAGUGAAGAAAAAAAGCGUUACAGAGAAUCCUACAUCAGCGAUGAUCUGGACUUGGACCCACCAGGCAGCGAAAGCAGCCCGGGUUUGUCCCGGAUUUCCACCAGCAGCUCGGGUAUCGAAGCCGACACCCGCCAACACAGCAUCUCGACAGAGAUGGCCUCCAUGGAGGAGGAAGCGGAACAAAAGGCAGAGAGGAGUUCCUACUCUGCCGCUAGCCAAGUUAGCUCCUCCACGUCUGGCCUCGGCAGCGGCAGAAAAGCUCACAUUAAGGAUGAGGAGUGGAAAGAGCAAGCUGAGAAGUUCACACCCGCUCGCACAUCAGAAAUGAAGGCUGUUGUCAGACAGGAAGUUCUUGCGGAUUAUCCAGAUGAGAUGUUCCAGCUGGCCGAUCUUCUCGAUGGUGUGUCGGUCGAUUGCACACUCUCCUCUGAGAUAACCUCGCCAGAGAACAAAGUUUGCCUCCCAGACAACAAUGAGCAUCUCCUUAUUUUAGAUAGCACCAGUACCCAGGUGGGAGAAACUAGAUCGCAUGUGGACCGGCACAGCCACAGUCUUGAUGAUGUCAGUUUGUUCCCACCUCAGGCACCCCUGGGGACCACACUACAAGCAGAUUCUUCACACAGCUACACCUUCGGCCUCUCGGACACCUCGGCAGACACCAAGAUGCCCUUAGUUCACGACUAUUACCCUUUUUUGCACUGCCAAGCCAAACCUUCCUUCUAUGGUCGCAGGUCUACCAACUGUCUGUCACUGGACCUGCUCGCAGAUGAACAUUUUCUGGAAUUCGUUCUGUAAACAAACAAAGAAGUCCUCACAUUUGCCUCAUUUAUGUGUAAUGAAGGUUAUCUACGGGAUCCAUAUGGGAGGUUUUUUGUGAUCUAACAUUUUUCCUGUGUUCCAUUUUUCAUCUGUUUAUUUUACGCUGACAAUUCUGUGGAUCCCAGUUUUGUUUUGUUUUUUUACCAGAAAUAUUUCUUUGUCAGUGACAUAUUUAUUGUUUUUUGUUUUUUUUUAUCAAUGUUUUGUAGAUGCUACCCGCAAUUUCAUUUGAUGACAUUUCAACUUGUGUGUACAAAAAAAAAUGCAAUUGUAUUGUUUUGUAUGCCAGCAAUCUCUUGAGGGGUUAAUAUUAAGGGCGAAAUACAUUUUUACAUUGUGAUCUUUUAGAUAUUUAUCAAAUGGAAUUUCUUUUAAUCUAUUUGUACUCCAGCACUGUCAGAACAUUUGUAAUGUGUUUAUUAUAUGCUUAAAAUAUUCAGAUGUCACAGUGCCAACGAUAAUGUUUCGUAACAUUUUACACUGCAUUUUUCUAGUGUGUUCAGUCAUCCCUCUCCUAUUAUUAUGCCUCAGCAAAUGUAGCUACUUGUGUGGAAAAAUACAUUUCUUUAUAGCUUGUAAACCAUUCAUCCAAAGCCUCCAAAUGUUUAAGCUCGUCUUCUGCUUUCAUAAUUACAACAUUACUGUUUGCAAACCUCUAUAUCUGCAACUGUGACAUUUACAAUGAAUUUGCAGUAUUAUUGUUUUAUGUAACCUCCAAACAAAGAUCCUUUUUGUAAAGUUAUUUUUCCCCCCAGAGAUAUUUUCAGUUUUGUAAAUGCCAAUUAGUAUGCAAAAGAAGAACUUUAGCCAGCAUGACCUCACUCAGAAGGAAUGCUAGUGAUUAAACACUGAAACUCUAUUCUGAUAAUGUAUGACCAACCUGCGGGUUCUUCCCAAUGCUGAAACGUUUUAAGAUAAAGCACUGUUUUUUUUUUUUUUUUUUAAUGAUAGCAAAAAUAAAUUUUACUACUUACU